UCACUGUACCACAGUCUACUGAUUGGUAUUUAAAUGCUUCCUGCAAAAGAUUUUCAUAGACAGUGAACCACUAAACCUUUCCAUUUCUUUCAGACCUGGAUACUUUGUUAAACACUCCUCUUUAUCUGUCCCAGCAUAAGGAGAAUUUCUUCUCCGAUCCAGUCUUGCAAGAUGACUGUGUGGAUAGAACAAUGCUGCUCGGAGAGGAUACAGGAUACAUGGAUAUUACUCAGAGUCACACAAUCACAAUUGAUAAUGAUUAUGAAAUUCAAGAGCAGACAAACCCAGAUUUUAGCGUCAACAUGGCUCAGACGAUCCGUGGUGAUCUGAAUGUCACAAGUCAGAAGGGUUUUCUACAUGACGCAAAAGCAGAGAGGAAAAAUGCUAACAAUGACUCAGACUUCAGUGCUUUUCUCACAAGUAUGAGAUUACCCACUAUAAAUACCAUUAAGCCCCACUAUACAGAAAAUCAGCUCUGUAAUAUCUUCAGUUCAGUUAAUACAAGCACAUUGGAUAUUGAUAUUGAUAAGGAGAAUCACUUCCCAUCUUUUUUAGUGAAGCAACAUCCAGGUGCCAAGGCUAACCCACAAAAACCUCUGGGACUUCAACUAAGGCGUUCUCGUGUUGGAAGUGUUAAAGACGAUGAUAUUGAGGCAGCCAAGAGUCACACUGUUGUAACUGAAAACAAAGCUAAUGCUCCGUCUUUUACACCCUCUCUUUCUGUAAAUCAAAGAGGUAUUGCAUUUAUGACAGCUGUCUUUUCAAACAUCCCAGAUGACAUGGAGCUCACUUUGAGCCAGACUGCAAUCAAUGUUAAAGUUACAGGAAAUAUCAGUUGCAAUGUCCAGGCGGCUCUGGAGCACAACAGAUCCCAUCAUUUCCCUGAGGAUUAUGAUGCAAUGGAGAUGACGAGGACAUUUGAUGUAUCUGUUCGCGAAAAAGACCACACAACGAGUACGAAGGAGCAAGCUCAGCCUUCAGUUCCUACAGUAAGAAGGAUGUCCUCCUUUAAUAUAAUUAGUAAUGGAGAGACAACAGAUCAAAAUAAAUCUGGUUAUUUAGAGAGCAAUCUCUCAAUAGCCCAGACUAAUUCUGAUGAUAUGGAAAUGACAGAAACAUUUGAUGUAUCUGUUAGAGAAAAAAAUCACACAAGUAUGAAGGAGCCAGCUCACCCUCCAAUUACCAAAUUUAGCAAGAUGUCCACUUGGCAAAGCAACAACUUUAUAGCUUCAACUGCUAGUCCUAGCAAUAUGGAGAUGACACAGUGUCAGACUAUUGUUCUCGAGGACAAACAAUCAAGUGGAAACAAGCCAUUCACCAACACAAGGAAGAGUUUUCCUCUUGUAUCUUUAUCUAGAUCUGUUCUAGAAGAUGAGCAUACAGGCAAUAUGAAGGAGGAAGCUCUGCGUCCAGUUCUCAGAGUAAGCAAGAUGCCCUUCUUUGAUUUAGUUUGAGAUGGAUUGAUUAUGAAUCACAACAAAUCAGGCCACCUCCCAGUAGCCAAAACUCCAAAUUCUGAUGAGAUGGAGAUGACACAGUGUCAAACAAUUUUUCUAGAGGCCAAGCAGGUCAAUGGAGACAAACCUUUAAACAACUCAAGGAUCAACUGGCCUCUUACAUCAGUAUAUGAACCUGAAGGCAGUGAUGGAAUGGACAUGACUCAAGCAUUCACAGGGCAUAUAAUGCUAAAUGCUUUUCCAGCCUCCAAGAAGAAACAAGGCGAAAUCGUUCUGAUGCCUGCCACAAGUACAUCAGCUCAACAUAAUGAUAGUGACUGUAUAGACUUGACAUGCCAACCAAGUAUAUUUGAUAGGAUUUCUACCCCAAGUCCUGAUGAAAUGGAAUUAACCAGAUGCACCACUAUUAACAUUGACUCAAACCGUACCUGGUUAGGGAGUGCUGUGGAUAUCACAGGUACAAGAAUAGCACCAAUCUCUGCUAAUCAAACAAUCACUGUGGUUGAACCUAUGGAGAUGACCGAGGUACACAUGGGACCAGUCAGUGAGCAAAUGUAUAAAGAUUUUAUGACUCAAAGAAAGUCAGGAGUAAGAAUGAUGCCCUUGAUGUGUGAUCCUGAAAAUACUGAAGCUGAUAACUGUCAGACUGAUUCCUCCAACCCUGAUGACAUGGACAUGAUGACACAAUGUCUGACUGUUGUGCUUGAGGGUGAAAACUGCAAGAGGGCCGAACCAUUCAGUAAAUCCAGGAAGAGUUUGAACCUUGUAUCUACAUCCUCCAGUCCUGAUGUUGACAGUAUGGACCUAACCCAGGCACUCUCCGGCAAUAUCAUGUUAAAGAGCUUUGUAUCCAGUGAGGAAAGUAAGCAUGAGAGAAAUCUGUUGCCUGUAGUGCAAAGUUGUCAAACACAGGAUGAGUCUGACUGCAUGGAAAUGACAAGUCAAGCCAGUGCAUCAAAUCUAGCUAUUCCCUGUGUUGAUGAAAUGGAACUAACAGGAUGCAACACAAUAGCAAUUGACUCUAAAAACACAUUGGCAGCAAGUGCUACAGAGAUCAAAGUGCAUGACAGUGCACUUUGGGCAUCAACAUCUGUUUCUAGAAAUACAGUGUCAAGUUAAGAACAAAAUGAAGUGAGUGUAUCUGCCAAGUGUGCUACUAACCAUGUCUUCCCCUCAAAACACGUUUUUGAUCUUGAUCUCAAAAACAUUAAAUGCAACAACACAGAGACAAUAUCCUAUGGCCCAGCUGACAUGCAUGUGGACAAAAAUUGUGAAAUGGCACAUCAAAGCAAUUUGAUGACAACUGAUGAAGACAGUGAUAUGCAGGUUACUAAGGUGCUUGCAAUGCCCAUUGAAACAGAGCAGAGUGUUUCUUUUAAUGAGGAAGAAGCACUGAUAAAGACUUUCUGUGGCUCUAGAAUUGAAGAAGAGGAUCAAGCACUUUGGUCUAAGAAGGAACAAAGUUCCUUCAUU